AGCCGGGGGAAGUCGUUCUGUCUCUUCCUUUCCACGCGGUGAAACCUCCUGGUCGUUUCGCGUACCUUGUGCCGAGUGAUGCCGGGCAAACUCCUUAGCGACGCGGAUUUGGAGUCAGACGCAGCCAUGGGACAAGUGGAGAAACCACGGAAACAAAAUGAGAAGAAAGAUAAAAAGAAGUCAAAGUGUAUUAAGACUGAAGAAGCAACAGAAGAAAAUGAAGAGACCAUAACCCCCAAGGCUAAAAAAAUUAAAAAGAAAGCAGAGACUCCUGAAGUUGACAUGAAUUCCCUUAAACCUAAAAAGUCAAAGAAGGAGGAGCCUUCUCUAGAUGAUACUGUUUCCCUUAAAACCAAAAGCGCGAAAAAGAAAAAGGAGUCUACUGAACAAAAAGUUUCUCCUAAAACCAAAAAGGUGAAAAAUGCGGAGUCUUCAGAGUCUUCUGAGGAAGAGGAAGUAAUAGUUGCUCCUAAUCCCAAGAGGAUGAAGAAGGAAAAGGAAGUGAAUGGAGAAAUAAAGGGAAAAGCCCCCCAAAUAAAGAAUGGAUUAUCUCAUUCUGGACCUGACACUAAUUCCAGUGGAGCUACCAGUGAAGAAAGUAAUAGUGAGUUAGAGCAGGAAAUACCUAUAGAACAAAAAGAAGGCGCUUUCUCCAAUUUUCCCAUCUCAGAAGAGACUAUUAAACUUCUCAAAGCUCGUGGUGUGACAUUCCUGUUUCCUAUACAAGCAAAGACCUUUCACCAUGUCUAUGGUGGGAAAGAUUUAAUUGCACAGGCAAGGACAGGAACUGGGAAGACAUUCUCCUUUGCCAUUCCUUUGAUUGAGAAACUUCUGGGAGAAAUGCAUGACCGGAAAAGAGGCCGAGCCCCGCAGGUUUUGGUUCUUGCACCCACAAGAGAGUUGGCAAGUCAAGUGAGCAGAGACUUCAGUGACAUCACAAAAAAGCUGGCAGUGGCUUGUUUUUAUGGUGGAACUCCUUACGGAGGCCAAAUUGAGCGCAUGCGCAAUGGGAUUGAUAUCCUGGUUGGAACACCGGGUCGUAUUAAAGACCACCUGCAGAAUGCCAAGCUAGAUCUCACCAAACUUAAGCAUGUUGUCCUGGAUGAAGUUGACCAGAUGCUGGACAUGGGUUUUGCAGAUCAAGUGGAAGAGAUUUUAAGUGUGGCAUAUAAGAAAGAUUCAGAAGACAAUCCCCAAACAUUGCUUUUUUCUGCAACUUGCCCUCAUUGGGUAUAUAAUGUUGCUAAGAAAUACAUGAGAACUACAUAUGAACAGGUGGACCUGAUUGGUAAAAAGACUCAGAAAGCAGCCAUAACUGUGGAGCACCUGGCUAUCAAGUGCCACUGGACUCAGAGGGCGGCAGUUAUUGGCGAUGUGAUCCGAGUGUAUAGUGGCUUCACUGGACGCACUAUCAUUUUUACUGAGACCAAGAAAGAAGCCCAGGAGUUGUCACAGAGCACAUCCAUUAAACAGGAUGCCCAGGCACUACAUGGAGACAUACAACAAAAGCAAAGAGAAAUAACCCUGAAAGGGUUUAGAAAUGGUGAUUUUGGAGUUAUGGUUGCAACCAAUGUUGCAGCUCGCGGGUUAGACAUCCCCGAGGUUGAUCUGGUUAUCCAGUGUUCCCCACCAAAAGAUGUGGAGUCUUAUAUUCAUCGUUCUGGGCGAACGGGCAGAGCUGGAAGAACGGGGAUUUGUAUAUGUUUUUAUCAGCACAAGGAAGAAUAUCAAUUAGUGCAAGUGGAACAAAAAGCGGGGAUUAAAUUUAAACGAAUAGGUGUCCCUUCUGCAACAGAGAUAAUAAAAGCUUCCAGUAAAGACGCCAUCAGGCUUUUGGAUACUGUGCCUCCCACAGCCAUUAGUCACUUCAAGCAGUCAGCUGAGAAGUUGAUUGAGGAGAAGGGAGCCGUUGAAGCCCUGGCAGCAGCGCUGGCCCACAUUUCCGGUGCCACAUCAGUAGACCAGCGCUCCAUGAUCAACUCAGAAGCGGGCUUUGUGACCAUGAUCUUGCGGUGCUCAAUUGAAAUGCCAAACAUUAGUUAUGCUUGGAAAGAACUUAAAGAGCAACUGGGCGAAGGUAUUGAUUCCAGAGUGAAGGGAAUGGUCUUUCUCAAGGGAAAACAGGGUGUUUGUUUUGAUAUUCCUACCGCAGCAGUAGCAGAAGUGCAGGAAAAAUGGCACGAUUCUCGCCGCUGGCAGCUGUCUGUAGCCACUGAGCAGCCAGAUCUAGAAGGACCACGGGAAGGAUAUCGAAACUUCAGGGGACAGCGGGAAGGAAACAGAAGCUCCAGGGGGCCCCGAGAUGGAAACAGAGGCUCCAGGGGACAGCGGGAUGGAAGCAGAGGCUUCAGGGGACAGCGAUCAGGAGGUGGUGAUAGGAGGAACAGAUUUCAAAACAGAGGCCAGAAGAGGAGUUUUAGUAAAGCGUUUGACUAGUAAUUUGAACUAGAAUAUUUACAAGAACUAUGUUUUGCAACAUGGAUUGGAACAUUUCUCAUGCAAAGUUGAAAGCACACUGCUUUCUUUUCAUCACUUGCCCGAUCCAUGUUUCUUGAAGAGAGACAAGCUUCAUCAAAAUUACUUCUGAAUCUAAAUUAUCAUUUGAGACUUUGUUACAUUGGUGUUAGGUUUUUUUUUUUUUUUUUAAUAAGGUGUAUGAACUCAUUUUUAUUCUAAUAUAUUGUCUAUAAACACAAGAUAAUAUCAUUUAUACUUUGUAAGCUGAUUUGUAUUUGUGCUUGAAAGUAUCUCUUUCCUAUAUCCUAAUGGGAAAUGCAGUGAUCUCUGGAGAAGCACUUUGAGCAGGCAAGGCUUUCUUUGUAACUGGCAUUCCUAGGCCACCUGCCUGGCAACUGCUCAUAUGGUUCUGUACCUUCUGAGAAUUAAUACGAGGUGUUUGUUUUUGCCUCCAGGGUUAUUGCUGGGGUUCGGUGCCUGCACUGUAAAUCCCCUGCUCCUGGAGGCCAUUUUAUCCCAUUUUGUUGCCCUUGUUGUCAUUGUUAUUGUUGCCAUAGAUGUUGGGGGAUAGGACAGAGGAAAUCGAUGCUGAUGGGGAAGACAGACAGGGAGAGAAAGACCUGCAGACCUGCUUCACCACUUGUGAAGCGGCCCUACUCCCCCCGGCGGGUGGGAAGCCAGUGGCUCGAACCACACUGGUCCUUGUGCUUUGCCCAUGUGUGCUAAACCCGCUGCAGUACUGCCCGACCCCCCCUAGGUGUUGUUUUGAAGCAAGAUUUCACAUAUAAUUGAGAUAUGAUAGUAGCACGUGUCCUAGAUUUCCAGGAUGGUGAUAGACUUGACAGAUACAUUAUAAGUUAGCCAUGGUUACAUGCAUUAUUAUAUACAUUUCUUGCUUCUCAAAAUAAAUUUCUUCAGAUUUUACAUAUAUGUAUUUAUGUAUGUAUACACACAUAGAUAAUAUUUUAAUAGACUGCAGAUGUAAUAGAGGACCCCCCAUAAUUUUCUUCACCUGUAAGGAGGCCGCUUGAUGCCUGGCGGUAAUGUACUUUAUUUUCAUUGGGAGACUAGUAUUUACCCAGAAGGAAUUGAGAGAAUGGAAGGUUGCUGAAAAACGUCAAACCUGCUGAAAUAUCUUAACAUGCAAAUAGGAAAUGGGAAUAUCUGUUGAGUGGGGUGGGGGGAGUGUGUGGGUGAAGAAGCAUGAUGAAGUAUUCUUCUAAGGAGUCAAAGUAUAACAGGUCAUUAGUGUUAAUGAAAGUUAGCUAUUAAGGGUAAAAUCGAGAUUCUCUGUAGACUGAUUCAAUUUCCCAAAAAAGUUUAGAUUCCUAUAGUCAUAGUAUAGUGUCUGUUUCUAGUCAUUGAGUGGUUAAAGUCACUGUUUUGAGGGAACUGAAGAACCUAAUAGAAACUUUGGCCACAUAAACACUCCUGAGUACACAAAUACAUCUCUGGACAACUCUGCAUCAUACAGGAUCCUUGAGUAUCAUUGUCGUCUUGCCUUAAAUCCUAGGAAUUCUGUACUGGGAAUCUCAGGGAACAAACUUUUGAUGGGAGAAUUUAAAAUACAUGGCCUGUCUUUUCAUUUAAUUAUUUCAAAACUACAGUCUUUUCCAUUUGUACAUCAGAUCUUGAUUCUUGAGUGGUGGUUGCUUUGUAUUCAGUUCUCUUGAUUUACAUUCUUAGAUACACUUCUCAAAUUUUUCUCCUAUUUUGCAUGUCUUCUCAUCAUGUCACAGAAAUUUAAGGGAAAAGGUGUUUGAGUACAGUCAACAUACAUGCCUUGUAGAUUACAUUUCAUGUCAACACUCUUGUUAAUGUAUAUAGGAAUGGGAACCUGACGAAGCAAAUAAAAAGACAUAUCUGCGCAUCCUUUAAGAAAGGCGUAAGUCUUGUUUUGGGUUAGCCUAAACAAAAAUAUUUAGACUUAAGUCAAGCAUUCAGGGGUGGUUAACAAAUACGUACUUUAGGCAACUUUAAGGAAAACAUGGCUCUCAAUAUCCAUAGCUAAAGAUUCUUCUAGAUUCCAUAAUCCAGACCAUGACCACUAAUAUGUAGCUCAGAUUCUAUUUGGUUUAGAUGUACUUGAGUUAGCCUAGCUAAUUUUUACUGUUUUCCACAGAAAAUAUAUUUUUUAAAUUAUGUAUCAGACAACUCAAUGAACUUUAAAAAUACAACCCAUUUUUAUGUUGGAUAUAUAUAUAUAUAUAUAUCAGUUUAUAAUUGUACAUAAAAUGAUUUGCUUUAACUAUAAAAUCGAGUUAAUGUAUACAAUACUGCUUUAUGUCAUAAUAAAGAUACUGGUACUUACUGCUUA